AUGUUUGGACUAAAAGCAAGAAGUUUAAUCAUGACUAGACAAUUGUCCAAGUUGACCCCAGUUAUCAGUGCCAAUGCACCACCAGCUGCUGCUUCAUACUCUCACGCCAUGAAGGUGAACAACUUGAUCUAUGUCUCUGGUCAAAUUCCAUACACCAAGGACAACAAGCCAGUUGAAGGCUCUAUCAGUGACAAAGCUGAGCAAGUCAUCCAGAAUGUGCAAAACAUCUUGAAGGACAGCAACUCCGACUUGAACAGAAUUGUCAAAGUCAACAUCUUCUUGGCGGACAUGAACAACUUCGCCGAGUUCAACAAGGUCUACGCCAAGUACUUCAACGUGCACAAGCCAGCUAGAUCAUGUGUCGCUGUCGCUGCUUUGCCACUCGGUGUUGAUCUAGAGAUGGAAGUCAUCGCCACUGAGGUUGAAUAA